AAUUCAAACCCUAUUUAUUUUACAUUACUUUUAAUUAGCAUCUUUUUGACUUUCCGUACUUGCGUAAAGCACCUUGAACUACAACGUCUCUAUGAAAAGUGUGCUGUAAAUAAGAUUAUUAUAAUCGUUAAGCCUUCCGCGUUGAAUCCGGGAAACGAAAGUGAAACUGAACAGCAGUUUACACGAUAGGAGUUCGUGAUGUUUUACCUGAGCCUUUACGUUCUGGUUGCUGGAAUUGCACUGGCCGAGAAUGGACACGUGCUUCCAAACAGAAAGCUGGAUUGCAGUUUUCGAGAAGUGAAGGAGGAUGACGGGUCUCUUCCGAUAGGGCAGAUGAUCAUUUUGAGGAAGGCAUUGCUGCUGUAUGGCGAUUUCGAUACAAAUGAGGAAGCAAUUCGUUUUAAAGUUAAAGGUUCUUCCUUAGACAUAUUCCAGUACGUGGGCACAAAACCCGAUGAUUUGGAAUGUGAGAUUAGCCGACACUCCACCUAUGGAUUCCACGCUCCCUGGCCGCAGAAGGACGAGGAGCAAGGUGAAGACAAGUGGCUCACGGUGACUGUAAAGCACAGACAUGGGAAGUUCACCGUAACUGGAUUCAUGAGGAAGCUAAAAGCGCCUAAUCACGAGGACAAUAAGGAGCGUGAAACUCCAACUGAUGAAGAAGACCCACCCAUUGGAAACACAGACACUGUGUCAGUCCAAGUGAACUAUAUCAUUUACACAAGUACGCCACUGAUUAAAACCAAACUGAAUCAAGACCUGGUUCUGGACUGUGGCUUCAAGGUUGAUCACAAUGCUGCUGCUAACAUUGACUGGAGAUACCAAUACAAGGGGGUAAAGAAGAAACUGUUCUCCUACAAUGGACGGUCUCAGCAGAUUGAAGACAUUGAGAAGGGAGUUGAAGUAUCCUUGGACCAGAUCAAGAAUGGGAAUGCAUCCCUCCUCUUAAGAAAUAUUAAUAUCAGCAAAGAAGGAUCCUACACCUGUUUGGUUUAUGUCCCUCCUCUCUUUGGUACACACACCAUCAGUGUGCAGAUUAUUGAGCCUCCCUUGGUUUCCCUAAGCCACAGUACUCUCUCCCUGAGGGAAGGGGACGAGCAGAAGCUGACAUGUGAUGCAGAGUUGUUUUACCCACUUGACGUGACGAUGAAAUGGCAGCGGCAUCAGGGCCAGGAGCACCUCCUACCCGUCUACAUACCCAACACUGUCUUUUCAUCGCAUAAGCCCAACAGAGAUGGCACUUACAAUGUGACGGGUUACUUCAGGUUCACCGCCUCCCUCAGAGACAAUGGUGCCACGUACAUUUGCCUGGUUGACCAUGUCGGCUUGAAGAAGCCGAUUAAACGUUAUGUCCACGUGAACGUGGAAGCACAAGUCGAGAUAGAACAGUCCUUUGUAUUGUUGGCAUUCUUCCUAUUCUUAUGUGUUCUUCUGAUCGUCUUCCUAAUCUACUUGAACAAAGUUAUGGUUAAAAGCAAGAAGAAACCAUAUUGAGCACUUCAAAGAAUACUGCAGCUGCUAAGGAGUGAAGGAACCUGUGUUAAUACAGGUUCUUUGUGUUCUUGGAAUCACCUAAUGCGUUCCGCAGCCAGUAAACUGCUUAAAACGAAUGGCUAUAGACUAAAACAGAGCAGAGAGUGUGCACAGCAGGGACCUACAAAGAGCAAAGGAGGCAAAUCAUCCAAUUAUUGUCUUGCCCGGGGAGGAAUGUUGACCAGGACACCAGAACCACUCAUCAGUCCUCUUCCCAUUGGGAAUACGGCAUCCACUUGAGUCCCAGGAACUGGAAAGUCGAGCCUCAGUUUAAAGUUCCAUCUGGAAGGCACAAGCUCUAAUAAUCAGGGUGCUUUCACCCUGUGGACCAUGCUCGGUCUUGGAAUGAAUUUGAACCCACAACAUUCUGACCUUGAGGCAGGAGCUUUAGUCAGAGAACUGUUGAGAGAUACAGGGAGGAAAUGAGCCAUAUGGUCCAUCGAGUGAGCCUUGACCAUCAGUCAGCUAUUUAUCUUAAUUUCAAGGGGUCUGUAAGAUGAGGUGUCUGAGAGCUGCUGUCUGUGGGUUUGAUGCUAAGGUUGGGAGUGGAGGGCAGUGCAUUCAGAGGGGGUAAGCUUCAGACAGGAGGGAGGAGUGUUGAGGUCAAGCGGUUGAUGUCUCAUUGUCAACUAGUGAUGAAAAGAUCCAGAGUAGGCAGUAAACCGGAGCGGGGUGUCCAAGAAGAGGAGGAGGGUUGGAGAUGGAUGAAGGGGAAUGUGGUGCAGGGUGGGGGAGCUCUUGCUAAGACAGGUGGCUCGGAGACGGAGGCGAUGGAAGAAGAGCGGGUGCGGAACUCACUGAGGGGUAGUCGUAAGGGGACAAAGGUAAGGCGCUUGCGGAGGACCGAACAUUCCGCCUCAGAGAGGGGAAGGAUGGCGGGAAUGGUGAAGACAGCAGGGAUAAGAGGUAGGGCCGGGCGAAGGUAGAGAGUUGGAGGGGUCAGAGAAGAAGGGAAUGUUUGAGUGUUCAGGCAAAGGGGUGGGAGGAAGAUGGGGUCUCAGAGGAAUGAGUUGGGGAAUGAGGGGUAGAUGGGAUGCUGAGAGUCCUGGGACCCAGUGGGAGGGAGAAAGCACUUGGCCUGGUGCUGGAGGUGGCAGAGAUUAGACUGGUUGCAGCCUUGGUUAAUUGCAGCGGGUAAGUGAGGUCUAUAUUACCAACUUCUAAUACUUUCCUUGCUGUGGGUGGAGCUCGUCAUCCUGCCUAAGGUGGCUGCAAUACCUGGACUAAGAUGAGGUGAAACCUGUUGCUUUGCCAUUCUGUCCCUUUUAAAUCCUCCUCCCAUUCUCAAAGCUGAGCCCGUGGGACACUGCUUUCUCCAAGGGUCACUCAGGUUAAAUGAAUCUGCAGUUGGCAUUGAGGCUGCGUGACUUUGAUUUACUAAUGAGGAAAUCGGGAACUUCCUCCUGGAAACGUAUUGGCCGUGGCUCACUGAGAAAGACUCCUGCCUCCAUGACAGUGGGCUGUGAGUUCCAGUCCAGAGACUUGAGCACAAAACUCCAGGGAGGUAGCUCAACGCUGUGCUGGUGGAGUGCAGCACUGUCAGGGAACUGUCUUCCAUCCUGAACUUUAAACUGAGGCCUUGCCUGGAAAAUAGAUCGGUAUUGUUUUGAAGAGGAGUUAGGCUAUAACUGGCGGUGCCUACAACAAAACAAAGUCCUGCAAAUAAUCAGCAGGUCAGGGAGGAUGUAUGGAGAGAAACACAGUACAUAACAAGACAGGUUCGGGGGUGGGACACCACUUCCCUCCAGCCUGCUCCUCUAUUGAUCAAUAUAAUUACUGCUGGAGAUUAGAUUUAAAAAAUGAUUAACUUUAUUUGUCACAUGUAUCAAAACUUACAGUGCAAAGUGUUUGUGUCAAAUCGAGUGAGGAUUUGACUCUGUGCGUUCUGGGGUUGUGCUAGGCAACCUGCAAGUGUGGCCAUGUUUCUGUUGCCAACACAGCAUGCCCACAAUACUCUAACCCUAACCAUACGUCUUUGGAAUGUGGGAGGGAACUGGAGCAUCCAAAGGAAACCUACAAAAUCUGACAGUGGUGGGAAGUGAACCCCAAUUGGUUAUCGCUAGGGCUUUAAUAUUGGUACAUUGUGGAUCAAUGGACUUUGUUACUCUCCACAGAUACUGACUGACCAGCUGAAUAUUACCAAUAUUUUCUGUUUUUAUUCCAGGUUUGCAGCAUCUGCAUGUUUUUUUUUUCUUUUUUUUUUGAGUGUUCUGGCCACUAUUUACCACACAACUUGUGUCAUUAGCAGAUGGAUGAGGACUAUUGCCCCCUCCAAGCUUGUUACGAUCUGAUUCCUUUUGCUUUGAGUUUGAGAACCCUGGCCACUCAGGAUAGGCCGGUGUAUUAAAAUAUUUAUUGGUUAUGCUGCGCCAUCCGCUGAGCAGGCUGGACAGUCAGGUGUUUGUGAUUAUUAGCUGAUUUCAUUAUUUAGAUUAUUUGGAGAAGGUUUAUAAUAAUUAUUCCGGGAAUGAAAGGGUGAGAAGGGUGAGGAUUAUUAGAUGGCCUAGACCUGUACUCGUUGAGGUUUAGAAUAAUGGGGGGUAGGGGUGUGGGUAAAUCUCAUUGAAACCUAUUGUAGAUUGAAAGGUCUAGAUAGAGUGGAUGUGGAGAGGAUGUUUCCUAUAGUGAGGCAGUCUAGGACCAAAGGGCACAGUCUCAGAUUACAAGGAAAUCCCUUUAGAGCAAAGAUGAAGAGAAAGUUCUUUACCCAGAGCAUAUUAAUCUGUGUAAUUCAUUGCCACAUACAGCUGUGGAGGCCUAGUCAUUGGGUAUAUUUUAAGUGGAGGUUGAUGGAUUCUUGAUUAGUAUGGUUAUGGGAGACAGAUUCUUGAUUCUUAAAGGUUAUGGGGAGAAGGUUGAGAGGGACAAUAAAUGAACCAUGAUCGGAUGGCAGAACAGACUCGAUGGGCCAAAUGGCCUAAUUUUGCUCCUGUGUCUUAUGGCCUUAUUAACAAAAGAGUCAAUUUACUCCUAGAGCAGAAAUAAGGAGCAGAAUAAGCAGGAACUAAAAUUUCUCCCAGUAAGUGUGGUGAAAAAUUUAACUGUUAUGGUUAUUAAAUCAGUCUCCGUUAGUGUCAGCAGAAUGGUCACUAGUGUUGAGUGACAGGAGGAUUAGCCAAUCGCCUUCCUUCUAGUCGGCAGUUGUACUUAAUGUGCAGUCUUUAUUGACUCAUCCUGUCAAGCAUCCAUUUGGAGAACAGCAAGCCACCACUAGGGGACGGGCUUGGCCAUGUAACUGCUGUUGUGUAGAUGUUGGAAAUGCAUACGUGCAACAAAUUUUAACACUAAGUGCACCUGUUCAUGACUCAGUGACACAAGCAUAGCUCAUUUUAUUGAGAGAGCUCAUCUAAUAAAGAGAGUCAGCUACAGUGGUGCUAGAAAGUUUGUGAACCCUGUAUAAUUUUCUCUAUUUCUGCAUAGAUGUGAUCAGAUCUUCACGCAAGUCCUAAAACUAAAUAACACAAAAAAAAUUAUACCUGUUAUUUAUUUAUGGAGAAAAAUGAACCAAUAUUACAUGUAUUGGAAAAAGUAUGUGAACUUUUGCCUUCAGUAACUGAUGCAGCAAUAACUUCAAUCAAACGUUUCUGUUAACUGUUGGAUCAGUCCUGCACAUCAGCUUGGAGGAAGUUUAGGCCAUUCUUCCUUGCAAAACUGCUUCAGCUCUGGGAUGUUGGUGAGCUUCCUUGCAUGAAUUGCUUGCUUCUGGACCUUCCACAACAUUUUAUAGGAUUAAGGUCAGUACUUUCACUCGGCCAUUCCAAAACACGAAUUCCAUUCUGUUAACAUGAGGAAAUCUGCAGAUGCUGGAAUUUCAAGCA